UUGGACUCAGAGAGUUAUUUUCCGGCGACGACAAUGACGUCAGCUUCCAAGAACCCACAGCAAAACCCUUUCUCUUUGAAACCCCCAAGACCGCCGUCUUCCGUCGCCGCCUCUUCUCCCGCCGUGGCCUCCACCUCAGCAGAACCCCAAAUUCGAACCCCUAACCCAAACCCUAGCUCAAACGCGUCAAAUUCACCGAUUACGAUAUCACCGGAGGAUCAAAUCCUCGCAGGCUCGAGUCACCUCACGCGACCAGAGCUUCUCCAACGCCGAUCGCACAACCUUAAGCAGCUCGCCAAAUGCUAUAGGGACCAUUACUGGGCUUUAAUGGAGGAUCUCAAGUCGCAGCACAGGGACUACUACUGGAGAUACGGCGUAAGUCCGUUCAAGGACGAACAGAAUCAAGCGAAUAAGAGACGGAGAUUAGGUCCAGAAGGUGAAUCCAGAGAUGGCGAUGCCGUCGAAGGUAGUGGAGACAACGGUAAUAACAAUGAUGGCGUUAAGGUUGAUCAGUAUGCGAACAGUAAUUGUGGGAGCUGUAUGUAUGGAUGCAAAGCCAAGGCCAUGGCGCUCACGAGAUACUGUCAGCUUCAUAUUCUCAAAGAUAGCAAUCAGAAGCUCUACACUGGUUGCACAAACGUCAUCAAACGAGCUCCAGCAGGACCAUUACUCUGUGGAAAACCUACACUAGCAUCGACUGUUCCUGCACUGUGUAAUGCGCACUUCCAGAAAGCCCAAAAGAAUGUUGCUAAAGCUUUAAAGGAUGCUGGUCACAAUGUCUCUUCGACAAGCAAGCCUCCUCCAAAGCUGCACGUCAUAGUAGCUGCAUUUGUGCAUCAUAUUCAAGCAAAAAGGAAAAAUCAACGGAAUGAGGGUAAACUUAAAAGUGUAGUAAAAGAAGAAAAUACAAGCUGAGUCAAGCCGUUAGCAUUCCCAGAAGAUAAUUGUUGCACUAAGUCAUCCAAGUGAAAAGGCAUAGCGUCACACUCUUCCGUACUGUGCUUGAGCUUAUAGUCAUCUGUCUAUUGUUGAAUGGAGAUUAGCUGCACAUGAAGCGAUCUCUUAAGCAAAGCAUGGAAACAACCACUUAGACACAUGCCCUGGUCAAGCCAGAUAGACACACAAAAGUUUAGUUAAGCCUUAGUCCUCAAUAUGACGAGAUAUCUAAGGUACAAAUAGAGUUGGAUACCUGAAUUAAGAUUGGUGGUAAGGUGUCUGGAUGCUUAAAGCUUUUGCAUAUAUUCAUCUUUUAUGCAUGUGUGCACGGUUUUCAUAAACUCUGCGUCUUAAGAAUACGAAUGUUAUGCGUCUGAAUCUUGUGACAAGCAUGGUUGAGAAUGCAA